UGCUGCUUUAUGCACUGCGAGCUUUAGAUCAGCAGCGUGUGUUGAGCCGCUAACUUGAUUUACCGCUCGAGAAAACGAGCGAGAUGCAGACUUUCCUGUUGUGCUGUAGCAUCUUGCCACUGCAACUUUUUGUCUUUAUUCACUCUUUGCCGCUAUACGAACUCAAGUCUGAGCAACAGGGAGGGCCUCACAGCCACAAAAAUGUGGGUCAGAAAAAGAGGGAAAGGCAUGAACAGCCAACACUAAAUGACAAACAUAAUUUGAUGUCAUUAGUAUUCCCCAGUAAUGACACAAAGUGGAAAAGGCCUCGCUGUGGAGUACCAGAUUAUCACACGCUGUUGAAAGUAGACCUGUCGUACUACAACAUGAAGAAAAAAAAGAAGGAAGGACAGAGCCGGCAGCAGCGCAAGAAACGAUUUGCACUUUUUGGGGGGCGUUGGGAAAAGACUGAUCUCACAUACAGGAUUGUGCGCUUUCCCUGGCAGAUGAGUGAGGCUAAAGUGCGUCAUGUUUUGGACCAGGCCUUCAGAGUCUGGGGCGAAGUGACACCUUUGACCUUCACUGAAGUCAUGUCAGAGAAAGCCGACAUUGUCAUUGACUUCAACAGAUACUGGCAUGGUGACAGUUUACCCUUUGACGGUCCUGGGGGAAUCCUUGCCCAUGCCUUUUUCCCACGAACACACAGAGAAGGAGAGGUCCACUUUGAUUAUGAUGAGCACUGGACUGUGGGGAAUGAUGUUGGCACAGAUCUCCUUCAAGUGGCAGCGCAUGAGUUUGGCCAUGCCCUUGGACUCCAACACUCCCUUGAACCAGACGCUGUUAUGUGCCCGUUCUACAGUGAUUCAUACCCUCUGCAGCUCAGUGAAGACGACAAGAGAGGCAUUCAGUAUUUGUAUGGCCCCCCCAGGCCCACAACACCGGACCUUGCAGAGACUAAUGAGCUUGACAUAGGAAUGCCUGACACCUGCCGAACCAACUAUGAUGCUGUGUCUGUGAUCAGAGGAGAGCUCUUCUUCUUUAAGUCCCAGUAUGUUUGGCGCAUUAGGGAUGGGCGACUUGAGGCUGGUUACCCGGCUUUGGCCUCCCGUCACUGGAGAGGUAUCCCUAACUACAUUGAUGCAGUCUAUGAGGACAACUCUGGGAACAUCUGGUUCUUCCAAGGCGAGAGUUACUGGGUGUUUGAUGCUGAGAGGAAGAUAACUGGGCCAGAUUCAGUGUGGAGGCUGGGUCUACCUGUAUCAGAUAUCCAAGCUGCUUUAAAAUGGGAAGUGGGUAAUAUACAGAAAGUCUUCUUCUUCAAGUCCUUGUCUUACUGGUCCUUCAGUCCACUGGAGAACCGAGUUGACAGUGUCCACCCACAGACCAUGCCUGAAUGGAGCGGCAUACCCAAACAUAUAGAUGCAGCAUUUCAAGACAGAUAUGGGUAUGUCAAUUUCCUGAGUGGGAUACAAUAUUGGAAGUUUGACCCUGUAGCGCUGAAGGUGUUAGAUGGCUACCCUCGAUAUAUUGGCACUGAUUUCUUUGGCUGCUCCAGUUAAGCAUACAUAUGAGUGUAAAACAUAUAUCCUGACAUUUAUUAAUUCUGGUCCAAAGUCUUUUAUUAAUCAUGCAUUAUGUUUAUUAAUAUAAAUCCAAUGACCUUGUAUGUAAGUAUGCCAGACAAUGUUCUUAAUUGUUUUUUUCUUUUUUGUUUUGUUAGAUGUCCAAAAUACUUUUCAGAAAGAAUCAAUUUGCUUCUGAGCCAGCAUUUGAGGAAAUUGAGCAUCUAGUGCCACUCACACACUAUUAAAGAAUUGGUCCAAUGUGGGCAGCUGACAUGGAUACUCAGGUUACAAAUUGUUAAUGAAUAACAGGCAAACAAUAUAGGUUUGAAUGAAGGUUUGGUUACUUCACCAGCAAAUAACUCUCCUAAACCUCUAUUAGUAUCCCACGUCUCAAUUAAAGGUUGUAUAGAGGAUUUUCUAAGGAACGAGAAAUCCAGCGACUGUUUGUCCUUUUUCAAAUGUUGCGCAUGCGUGAAACCACCCCCCCUCCCCUACAGCUCCCUACAUAGAAACGCCUCCUCCCUCCUCCUCCUUACGCCAGAAACAGGUUUGUUUACAGCCGGUGCGCUGCACAUGACUUGUGAACAACUAACUACAGUGUUGGUUAGUCAAGACGGAGAAGUGAGGAGCGGGGGGAGUGGUGCGCGGAGAUUCCGUGCCCGGAGAAGUGAGGAGGAGGGGGAAGAGCGGAACGGGCAGCGGGGAGAGGAGCAGUAAGGGGUGCAGAGAAGGGUGCGCGGAGAUUCAGUGCGAAUGAACUAGCUACAACACGCAGCAGCAAGCGGACUCUUUCUUUGUUUGAUUGACAGCCUAUCAGCUCACAGAUAACGAGGCAGUGUCGUUAUCUAUUGGCAAAUUUUUAUCUGGCCCCACCACGUCCAGAGUUGAUGAAUUUUUAUUCUCUUUUUUGGUCAUCAUAAUUACAAGGCUACUGCACCUCUAUAAUCUAUCACUGACAAUUUGAAACAAAAAAAAAUCCUCCAUACAACCUUUAACACUCCAGUUCUCAGUGAUUACAUUUGGUGCCUUUUUUCUUACUCCAGAUUUUUGUCAGUUUUAAAUGUUUUAGUAUUUUUAAGGCAUGGCUGAAAGAGUCAUUUGUGUCUUUCAGCCAUACAAUUGGAUAUUUUUUUAUAAGAAACAUGUUAAAUAUUCUCAAUAUUAUUGUGUACAGAGUGCUACUGUAAAAGCUCAGUGCAGGACACUGAAUAUGUCAAUAACACUGUGAUGUGUCACAUUGAUAACUUGUUGUAUGUAUUUUUUUAUGUAUAGCU